UGAUGUAAUUCUGUAGUCCAUGAGAGGAAUGUGUAAGGAGGAGGACUAUGCGUUCCUGGGAGAGAAGGGGAAACACCAUAAGGAGACAGACACUCUGGGAGAAGACUGGAAGGAAGAGAAAAUGGAGAGGGUGAAUAUCUACCUCUAUCUCUCUCUAGGAGGGGGUGAAUAUCUACCUCUAUCUCUCUCUAGGAGAGGGUGAAUAUCUACCUCUAUCUCUCUCUAGGAGAGGGAGAAUAUCUACCUCUAUCUCUCUAGGAGAGGGUGAAUAUCUACCUCUAUCUCUCUAGGAGAGGGUGAAUAUCUACCUCUAUCUCUCUAGGAGAGGGUGAAUAUCUACCUCUAUCUCUCUCUAGGAGAGGGUGAAUAUCUACCUCUAUCUCUCUCUAGAAGAGGGUGAAUAUCUACCUCUAUCUCUCUCUAGGAGAGGGUGAAUAUCUACCUCUAUCUCUCUCUAGGAGAGGGUGAAUAUCUACCUCUAUCUCUCUCUAGGAGAGGGUGAAUAUCUACCUCUAUCUCUCUCUAGGAGAGGGUGAAUAUCUACCUCUAUCUCUCUCUAGGAGAGGGUGAAUAUCUAUCUCUAUCUAUCUCUAGGAGAGGGUGAAUAUCUACCUCUAUCUCUCUCUAGGAGAGGGUGAAUAUCUACCUCUAUCUCUCUCUAGGAGAGGGUGAAUAUCUACCUCUAUCUCUCUAGGAGAGGGUGCAUAUCUACCUCUAUCUCUUUCUAGGAGAGGGUGAAUAUCUACCUCUAUCUCUCUCUAGGAGAGGGUGAAUAUCUACCUCUAUCUCUCUAGGAGAGGGUGAAUAUCUACCUCUAUCUCUCUCUAGGAGAGGGUGAAUAUCUACCUCUAUCUCUCUCUAGGAGAGGGUGAAUAUCUACCUCUAUCUCUCUCUAGGAGAGGGUGAAUAUCUACCUCUAUCUCUCUCUAGGAGAGGGUGGAUACAGUAUAUGUUCUCUAUCUGCUGCCUGCUAACUCAGAUGGGUUUCGUAAACUAGGGGUUUUCUCUGGCCCUUUCUGGUUUUACUGGUUCAUACCUGCAGCAGUGUGAUGGAACUUCCUGUGAUGUUACUUCCUGUGAUGUAACUUCCUCUGGUUGCCAGGAGCGGCGGCGGCGGGAGCGAGUGCAGCAGGAGCAGGAAAGAAUCAGAGAACUGGAGGAGAGUAGAAAGGUAACACACACACACUCAGACACCUUUCAACAACCACACAUCCCUAAACACUUCCAUAAAGCCAGGCUGCAGGGAACAUCCCUAAACCCUUCCAUAAAGCCAGGCUGCAGGGUUAGGGUUGUUGGCUGCAGGGUUAGGGUUGUUGGCUGCAGGGUUGUUGGCUGCAGGGUUGUUGGCUGCAGGGUUGUUGGCUGCAGGGUUGUUGGCUGCAGGGUUGUUGGCUGCAGGGUUGUUGGCUGCAGGGUUGUUGGCUGCAGGGAUUGAAGGUGAUUAGUGUAGCGAUGGUCUUUCAGCACGGUUCGCUGUGAGACUCUGUUCCUGUCCCAAACCAAACACACUGGCCCAGGGGCAGGAGCUGCUGCCUCACACAGACGCAUGUCCAAACACACUCAUACAUUCCCACACGCUGCGAGCUGAGAGCAGUCUACUCUCUAGCAGGCUGUGUCUGUGUGCGUACGUGCGUACGUGCGUGAGACAAGCAUGUUGUUGUGGUUGCUUCUGCUUGUCUCUGUUACUCUCUACAUCGCUGACUGUCUGCACAACUAGCUCCACAUGUAUCAACAAGCUGAUGGGGCUUCAGACUGACAGAACCCUCUAUAUAUAUAAACAGUGUAUGAUGAAAGCGUGAGUGUGACUGCUGACAGUGUGUCCACAGAGCCUGGCUGGCCAUUAUUAUCUAUCAGCCGGGCUGACCAUUAUUAUCUAUCAGCCGGGCUGGCCAUUAAUAUCUGUCAGCCGGACUGGCCAUUAUUAUCUAUCAGCCGGACUGGCCAUUAUUAUCUAUCAGCCGGGCUGGCCAUUAUUAUCUAUCAGCCUGGCUGGACAUUAUUAUCUAUCAACCUGGCUGGCCAUUAUUAUCAUUCAGCCGGACUGGCCAUUAUUAUCUGUCAGCCGGGCUGGCCAUUAUUAUCUAUCAACCUGGCUGGCCAUUAUUAUCUAUCAGCCGGACUGGCCAUUAUUAUCUGUCAGCCGGGCUGGCCUUUAUAAUCUAUCAGCCUGGCUGGCCAUUAUUAUCUAUCAGCCGGGCUGACCAUUAUUAUCUAUCAGCUUGGCUGGCCAUUAAUAUCUAUCAGCCUGGCUGGCCAUUAUUAUCUAUCAGCCGGACUGGCCAUAAUUAUCUAUCAGCCUGGCUGGCCAUAAUUAUCUAUCAGCCUGGCUGGCCAUUAUUAUCUAUCAGCCUGGCUGACCAUUAUUAUCUAUCAGCCUGGCUGGACAUUAUUAUCUAUCAGCCGGGCUGGCCAUUAUUAUCUAUCAGCCUGGCUGGCCAUUAUUAUCUAUCAGCCGGACUGGCCAUUAUUAUCUGUCAGCCUGGCUGGCCAUUAUUAUCUAUCAGCCUGGCUGGCCAUUAUUAUCUAUCAGCCGGGCUGACCAUUAUUAUCUAUCAGCUUGGCUGGCCAUUAAUAUCUAUCAGCCGGACUGGCCAUUAUUAUCUGUCAGCCGGGCUGGCCUUUAUUAUCUAUCAGCCUGGCUGGCCAUUAUUAUCUAUCAACCUGGCUGGCCAUUAUUAUCUAUCAGCCGGACUGGCCAUUAUUAUCUGUCAGCCGGGCUGGCCUUUAUUAUCUAUCAGCCUGGCUGGCCAUUAUUAUCUAUCAGCCGGGCUGACCAUUAUUAUCUAUCAGCUUGGCUGGCCAUUAAUAUCUAUCAGCCUGGCUGGCCAUUAUUAUCUGUCAGCCGGACUGGCCAUAAUUAUCUAUCAGCCUGGCUGGCCAUUAUUAUCUAUCAGCCGGGCUGACCAUUAUUAUCUAUCAGCUUGGCUGGCCAUUAAUAUCUAUCAGCCUGGCUGGCCAUUAUUAUCUAUCAGCCGGACUGGCCAUAAUUAUCUAUCAGCCUGGCUGGCCAUUAUUAUCUAUCAGCCUGGCUGACCAUUAUUAUCUAUCAGCCGGGCUGACCAUUAUUAUCUAUCAGCCGGGCUGACCAUUAUUAUCUAUCAGCCUGGCUGGCCAUUAUUAUCUAUCAGCCUGGCUGACCAUUAUUAUCUAUCAGCCGGACUGACCAUUAUUAUCUAUCAGCCUGGCUGGCCAUUAUUAUCUAUCAGCCGGACUGACCAUUAUUAUCUGUCAGCCUGGCUGGCCAUUAUAAUCUAUCAGCCGGGCUGACCAUUAUUAUCUAUCAGCCGGGCUGACCAUCAUUAUCUAUCAGCCUGGCUGGACAUUAUUAUCUAUCAGCCUGGCUGGACAUUAUUAUCUAUCAGGCUGGCUGGACAUUAUUAUCUAUCAACCUGGCUGGCCAUUAUUAUCUAUCAGCCUGGCUGGCCAUUAUUAUCUAUCAGCCUGGCUGGCCAUUACUAUCUAUCAGCCUGGCUGGCCAUUAUUAUCUAUCAGCCUGGCUGGCCAUUAUUAUCUAUCAGCCUGGCUGGCCAUUAUUAUCUAUCAGCCUGGCUGGCCAUUAUUAUCUAUCAGCCUGGGGCAUUAUUAUCUAUCAGCCUGGCUGGCCAUUAUUAUCUAUCAGCCUGGCUGGCCAUUAUUAUCUAUCAGCCGGCUGGCCAUUUAUCUAUCAGCCUGCUGGCCAUUACUAUCUAUCAGCCUGGCUGGCCAUUAUUAUCUAUCAGCCUGGCUGGCCAUUAUUAUCUAUCAGCCUGGCUGGCCAUUAUUAUCUAUCAGCCUGGCUGGCCAUUAUUAUCUAUCAGCCUGGCUGGCCAUUACUAUCUAUCAGCCUGGCUGGCCAUUAUUAUCUAUCAGCCGGACUGGCCAUUAUUAUCUAUCAGCCUGGCUGGCCAUUAUUAUCUAUCAGCCGGCUGGCCAUUAUUAUCUAUCAGCCGGGCUGGCCAUUACUAUCUAUCAGCCUGGCUGGCCAUUAUAUCUAUCAGCCAGGCUGGCCAUUAUAUUAUCAGCCUGGCUGGCCAUUACUAUCUAUCAGCCGGCUGGCCAUUAUUAUCUAUCAGCCGGCUGGCCAUUAUAUCUAUCAGCCUGGCUGGCCAUUUUAUUUGUUAUGGUGGCCUUAUUAUCUAUCGCCUGGCUGGCCAUUAAUAUCUAUCAGCCUGCUGGCUUUCUAUAGCGACUGGCCAUUAUUAUCUAUCCCAAAGCCUGGCUGGCACAUUAUUAUCUAUCAGCCGGUGCUGGCCAUUAUUAUCUGUCAGGCGGGUCUGGACCAUUUUAUCUAUCAACCUGGCUGGCCAUGUGUGUGUUGUGUGUGUGUGUGUGUGUGUGUUGUGUGUGUGUGUGUGGGUGUGUGUUGUAGACGAGGUGCCAAAACAUGUUUUGAGAGAUUAUGAAAGAGGAGCGCUUCUGAUUGAACAGUUCCCAUAUGUAGAACUGUAGCUCUUCAGCAGCCAUACACACCACACACACCACCACACACCACCACACACACACACAUACACACACACAGACACACACACACGCAACACACACACACACACUACAGACAGGAAACAGUAUCCGGCGGGCCCUGCUGGGGCAUGUAACUGACAGGGGUCAGGGGUUAGACCCAGCCCUGUCCAUCAAGAGGGAAGAGAGGAUUAACAAACCUGUGUGUGUGUGGUGUGUGUGUGUGUGUGUGUGUGUGGUGUGGUGUGUGUGUGGUGUGUGUGUGUGUGUGUGGUGUGUGUGUGUGUGUGUGUGUGGUGUGUGGUGUGUGUGUGGUUGUGUGUGUGUGUGUGUGUGUGGUGUGGUGUGUGUGUGUGUGUGGUGUUGUGUGUGUGUGGUUGUGUGUGUGUGUGUGUGUGUGGUGGUGUGGUGUGUGUGUGUGGCGUGUGGUGUGUGUGUGUGUGUGUGUGUGGUGUGUGUGUGUGUGUGUGUGGCGUGUGGUGUGUGUGUGUGUGUGUCUCAGGAGAAGGAGCAGCAGUGGCGUCAUCAUGUAUCAGAGCUGGCCUCCACUCAGGAUCAGAGACUCAGAGACAGACUGGCACGGAUCCACCACUUCAGAGUAACACACACACACACAUACACAACACACACACGUACACAACACACGGACAAGUGCACACACACACACACACACACACACACACACACGGACAAGUGCACACACACACACACACACAAGACUCAGGGGCUGUCACACACGUACACACACACACGCACAAACGUACACACACACACGCACAAACACACGGACAUACACACACACGUAGGCGUGCUCACACACACACACCUCACUGAUCCCCUGUUCAUCCCUAGAGGCUGACACCAUGUCCACUCUGUCAGAUGACAGCAGCUGAUGGACUAUGGAAGCUAUGAGGACAACAUGGACACAGCUCAGUUUAACGGCAAAGAACAGCUUUAGGAGUUCCACAAACACAUAUCUUCUAAUGUUUGAAACAUGGACACAGCUCAGUUUAACGGCAAAGAACAGCUUUAGGAGUUCCACAAACACAUAUCUUCUAAUGUUUGAAACAUGGACACAGCUCAGUUUAACGUCAAAGAACAGCUUUAGGAGUUCCACAAACACAUAUCUUCUAAUGUUUGAAACAUGGACACAGCUCAGUUUAACGUCAAAGAACAGCUUUAGGAGUUCCACAAACACAUAUCUUCUAAUGUUUGAAACAUGGACACAGCUCAGUUUAACGUCAAAGAACAGCUUUAGGAGUUCCAGAAACACAUAUCUUCUAAUGUUUGAAACAUGGUCAUUGAGGGUCCAUGUAUCAGAACCCAACCUACUGUUCAGGGUACAGAGACUGCCACCAUUUAUCAACACUGUGGUUCAGGAGUAGCAGAGAUUCACUGACGUGAUGUGAUCUGGGCGUGUGUGAUGUUGUCUCUCUCCCUGCAGGACUUCCAGAGGAAGGUGCUUGUAGAGGAGAUGUCCCUCCAGACAGACUCUGAGUCCAGCCAAGCCCUGGAUCAGCUGCUUACCAGGACCUAGACAACAUCGACCCACAGGAAAGACCCAUUUCACAACCAGUUCACAGACAACCGGUCUCUUCUUGUCAGUAUAUAUCUAUAGUUAACUCUCUCCACUAACACCUGUCUGCUGUUCAGUCUACAUAGUGAUCUAGUCUGUAUAGAUCUAUAGUCAUCUCUCUACAU